CUUCGUUCCACCAACGAAGAAGAAAAGCAGCACUGUUUACUUCCGCCUCUGUAUUUUCACGUGGAGGGACGCAGCGUGGAGAACCUGAGAAACACGAGGAAAGAGUCAGAAUGACGAAGUUAGACGGCGUGGUGAAACCAAAGACGAAGCGCUCAAAGCGUUUCUUGGAGAGCAGAGCUCCCAAACUGUUGGAGGAUGUAAAGACGGCCAUGAUCAUGAAAGGAGGAAACAGCAGUCAGACAGUCACCCAGGCCCUCAAGGACAUAUACGCCCUGAAGAAGCCGAACGCUGUGCUGUACAAGAAGAAGAACAUCACACGGCCGUUUGAGGACUCAACAUCUCUGGAAUUCUUCUCCAAGAAGACGGACUGCUCUCUGUUUCUCUUCGGCUCUCACAACAAGAAACGACCCAACAACCUCAUAUUCGGUCGUCUCUUUGACUUCCAUGUGCUGGACAUGGUUGAACUUGGGAUUGAGAAGUUCGUCUCUCUGAGCGAUGUCAAGGCCAGUAAAUGUCCUGAGGGAACCAAACCGAUGCUGGUGUUUGCAGGAGAAGCUUUCGACACAGACGUGGAGCACAGACGUCUGAAGAGUCUGCUGAUAGACUUCUUCAGAGGGCCCACGGUACCUGCAGUCCGUCUGGCAGGUUUAGAGCACGUUCUGCACUUCACAGCGGUGGAAGGGAAGGUCUACCUGCGCAGCUACAGGAGCGUGUUAAAGAAGUCUGGCUGCCGGACCCCCAGGAUAGAGCUGGAGGAGAUGGGACCUUCUCUGGAUCUGGUGUUGAGGAGGACUCACCUGGCUUCAGAUGACCUGUACAAGCUGGCUCACAGAAGGCCCAAAGCUCUGAAGGCUCGUAAGAAGAAGAACAUUUCCCACAAUGCCUUUGGCACCAAGUUUGGCCGGGUGCACAUGCAGAAGCAGGAUCUGUCCAAGCUACAGACACGGAAGAUGAAGGGUCUGAGGAAGAGGAGGGGAGAGGUGGUGUCUGCAGACUCGCAGGAGGAACAAGCAGCCAAAGUGACCAAGGUGGACGUCUGAGGGUCCCCUGACCUCCUGUCUAGACCUGUGCAGACCGGUCUGCCUCUGUGCAGCUGGACAGGAAGUGUGUGUAAAGACUGGAAACACCUGAGUGUGCGUGAGCAGACGGCAGCUGUGUCUCUCUGCUCUCACCUCACAGCACGCUCUCUUCCUCUUCACCUGGAGGGGAGUCAGACGGAUGGUGGGAUGACGUGUCUCCGUUCUGUUCAAUGUUCACAUUUUUCAUUAAAUCCUGACUCUGA